UUGAGUCAGAAAAUUUGAUGGGAUGGUCUUUAGAAUCCUUUUUGGGUCAAAACAUUCUGUAAUUUUUUAUAUCUCUUCGUGUUUAGGAAGAAAAGGCUUCUCUUUUACAUCGUACUCAGGAAGAAAGAAGAAAGAGAGAGGAAGAAAGGCGAAGAUUGAAAAAUGCAAUAAUUAUCCAGUCAUUUAUUCGAGGCUAUCGAGACAGGAAACAGCAAUAUUCCAUCCAAAGAAGUGCAUUCGAUCGCUGUGCCCACCUGUCACAGUCUGGUGGCGCUUCUUCCAUCGCUAAUGCUCCCAACCUCACCCUCUUGGUGAGGCAGCUUCUGUUUUUCUACAAACCGAGUGAAGACUCAAAACGUUUGAUAUGGAUGUAUCAGAACUUAAUUAAACACAGCUCUGUGUUCGUCCGGCAGUUGGAUGGGUCCGAGAGACUUACAUGCUUGUUCCAGAUAAAGAGACUGAUGAGCCUCUGUUGCAGGUUGCUACAGAACUGUGGCGACGACAGUUUGAAUGUUGCACUUCCCAUGAGAAUGCUUGAGGUGUUUUCAUCUGAGAACACUUAUUUACCUGUCUUACAAGAUGCUAGCUCUGUGGUGUCAGUGAUUGAACAGAUUUUGCACUACAUGAUUCAAAAUGGGUAUUACAGAGCUCUCUAUUUGUUAAUUAACAGCAAGCUUCCAUCAAGUAUUGAAUAUUCCGAUUUAUCUCGAGUUCCUAUAGCAAAAAUUUUGCUAGAGAAUGUUCUAAAACCAUUGCACUUUACUUACAACUCCUGUCCAGAAGGCGCAAGGCGGCAGGUUUUCGCGGCCUUCACGGAGGAGUUCCUGGCCGCGCCUUUCACAGACCAGACCUUCCGCUUCCUCAUCCCCGCGUUAGCGGACGCACAGGCCGCCUUCCCCUACGAGCCCUUUCUGAGCGCGCUGCUGUCGCGGGAGGGCGGAAGUUCAGGGGCAGGCGGGGGCGCCCCGUGGCUUUUCUACUUUGUGCUGACCGUCGGUGAAAACCACUUGGGGACCCUCUCCGAGGAAGGACUGCUCGUGUACUUAAGAGUGCUGCAGACCUUCCUUCCUCAGCUCCCGGUCUCGCCUGCCAGUACGAGCUGUCAGGACUCAGCCAGUGACUCUGAGGACGAGAGCGAAGGGACGGACAAGCAGAUGAGCGCUCCAGAGGACGGCCGGCUGUCAAUACCAUACGUAACAGAGGAGUGUCUGAGAAAGCUGGAUACGAAGCAGCAGACCAGCACCCUGUUAGACCUGGUGUGGAGGGACUCCGCGGGCCAGGAGGCCUUCACUCUGGUGGCCGCCGUCUGCCACACGCUCAUGGUGCAGCAUCGGGUGAUGGUGCCCAAAGCCAGGCUUCUCUACAGCUUAGCCUUCAAUGCCAGGUUUCUGAGGCAUCUCUGGUUUCUCAUAUCUUCAAUGACCACACGGAUGAUCACAGGGUCUGUGGUGCCGCUGCUGCAGGUGAUAUCGAGGGGGUCCCCCAUGUCGUUCGAAGAUUCCGCUCGCAUCAUCCCACUCUUUUACCUUUUUAGCUCCUUGUUUAGUCAUUCACUGAUUUCCAUCCACGAUAACGAAUUCUUCGGCGAUCCCAUAGAAGUUGUAGGUCAAAGACAAUCAUCCAUGAUGCCUUUUACUUUAGAGGAGCUAGUGAUGCUGUCACGAUGCCUUCGCGACGCAUGCUUAGGGAUCAUCAAGCUGGCUUACCCGGAAACGAAGCCGGAAGUCCGAGAAGAAUAUGUCACAGCAUUCCAGAGCGUUGGAGUUACUACUAGUUCUGAAAUGCAGCAGUGUAUACAGAUGGAGCAGAAACGAUGGAUUCAGCUGUUUAAGGUUAUCACCAACCUAGUGAAAAUGCUGAAGUCCAGAGACACAAGGAGAAAUUUUUGUCCUCCAAAUCACUGGCUGUCGGAACAAGAAGAUAUUAAAGCAGAUAAGGUGACGCAGCUGUAUGUGCCAGCCUCCAGACACGCGUGGCGGUUCCGGCGCAUGGGCAGGAUAGGCCCCCUGCAGUCCAGCCUGGACGUGGGCGUGGAGUCCCCGCCGCUGUCCGUGUCUGAGGAGAGGCAGCUCGCCAUCCUGACAGAGCUGCCCUUCGUGGUGCCCUUUGAGGAACGGGUAAAGAUCUUUCAGAGGUUGAUUUAUGCAGAUAAGCAAGAAGUUCAAGGAGACGGUCCAUUUCUGGAUGGAAUUAAUGUCACAAUAAGAAGAAAUUAUAUUUAUGAAGAUGCUUAUGACAAACUUUCUCCAGAAAAUGAGCCCGACCUAAAGAAGCGCAUCCGCGUGCACCUGCUCAACGCGCACGGCCUGGACGAGGCAGGCAUCGACGGCGGCGGCAUCUUCAGGGAGUUUCUGAACGAACUGCUCAAGUCGGGCUUCAACCCCAACCAGGGCUUCUUCAAGACGACGAACGAAGGGCUGCUCUACCCCAACCCCGCGGCCCAGAUGCUCGUGGGGGACUCCUUCGCCAGACAUUACUACUUCCUGGGCACGAUGCUUGGAAAGGCCCUCUACGAGAACAUGCUGGUGGAGCUGCCCUUCGCCGGCUUCUUCCUGUCCAAGCUGCUGGGCACCAGCGCGGACGUGGACAUCCACCACCUGGCCUCACUGGACCCGGAGGUGUACCGCAACCUGCUCUUCCUCAAGAGCUACGAGGGCGACGUCGAGGAGCUGGGCCUCAACUUCACCGUGGUGAACAACGACCUCGGGGAGGCGCAGGUGGUGGAGCUGAAGUGCGGCGGGAAGGACAUCCCGGUCACCAGCGCCAACCGGAUCGCGUACAUCCACCUGGUCGCCGACUACAGGCUCAACAGGCAGAUCCGCCCGCACUGCCUGGCCUUCCGCCAGGGCCUGGCCAGCGUGGUCAACCUGGAGUGGCUGCGCAUGUUCGACCAGCAGGAGAUCCAGGUAUUGAUUUCUGGUGCACAAGUUCCCAUAAGUCUGGAGGACCUGCGAUCCUUCACGAACUACUCAGGAGGCUACUCUGCCGACCAUCCCGUAAUCAAAGUCUUCUGGCGAGUUGUCGAAGGGUUCACGGAUGAAGAAAAGCGCAAGCUGCUCAAGUUUGUCACAAGCUGCUCGCGACCCCCGCUCCUGGGGUUUAAGGAGCUGUACCCGGCCUUCUGCAUCCACCACGGGGGCUCCGACCUGGAGCGGCUGCCCACGGCCAGCACCUGCAUGAACCUGCUGAAGCUCCCCGAGUUCCAGGACGAGGCCCUGCUGCGCAGCAAGCUGCUCUACGCCAUCGAGUGCGCGGCCGGCUUCGAGCUCAGCUGACGCGCCCGCGCCUCCGGCGUAAGUAGCUCUCCGGCCACCCCGCCACCGCCCUCCUGAGGCCCCCCGUCCCGCCACCCCCCCUUCAGUCCUUAAAUGAUGUGUUAAGUCACGGUCCCUCCUCUGAACUGACAUUGCUUUUCAAACAACUAAAAUAACAUGCUACGUGCCACGCGGCUGCUUGAGUGAUUUUGCCGAGAGCACAGUUGUGAGGCUGGUGGCAGCUCAGCGCAGUUAACCAAAGAUGCAGCUUCGGCUUUGCUGGGGGGCCGGGCCCUGCCUGGGCGGGGGGCUCCCGGGCCGGCGGGCGAGUGGGCGGCGCUGCAGCGACACUCGGCCUGAGAGGUGGGCAGCUUCCCCUCGGGGCCUCUGCUUCUCGGCGGCCGGACUGUCUCCAGGCCCCGCGUUCAGACUGAAGGCACCGUUUCCCUGCCACCUCUCCCGGAGCGGCUGCGUCGGAGACUAGAGAGGGGGGCUCUCUCUGUGCCUCCCACGCCGGCUAAGUCCCCGUGGGGAGAGCGCGCCGUUUUCGCGGUCCCAUCGCCCGCGUGGUCUGGUCCGGGCGUGCCGCGUGGGGGCGCGUGGGGGCCGGGGCUCCAUCCUCCUGCCCUUGUCUCCGCUUUGUGCCUGGAGAGCGUUCAGGGAGGGGCGGUCUGUCCAGUUCCUGCGAUGUGUGUGACCGCCAAUAAAUGACGUCUUGGGGAGAAUAGACACUGAGCGUCGAUUCCAGUCACUUGAACCAAAGUGGCGGGCUGCGCCGUGGCUCUGCGGCCCGCCCCUCCCCACACCGGGCGGACCGGCCGGUCACCCGGAGGUUUGGGGUAACUCGCCACGCUCUGCACCCUCUGCUUCCUCAAUGGUGCUGCUUUGAAGGAAGAUGGGACAGUCCCCAAACUCGCGUCCGGGGGGAGUGUCCGGAUUCUCUCGUCACAGGCACUUUAUCAGGACCGGACUCGCCGGGGCGUCGGUCCGUGCCCGCGGAGAGCGUCCCACGCCGCGGCCAGGACGACCUUGCUGGGGCCAGGUCGCGGGGCCCGCCCUUCGCCUUCCUGCCUGCUGUCUUGCUGUCACUGGAGCUCGGUGGGCUGUCCUGUUGGAUUGACCAGAAUUAGCAAUAUACUUUUAAAUGCGGGGAGACUGAAUGACACUUUUAAGACAAUGACCGUUAUCGAAACAAAAUGUAUAAUUUCUUAAUUUGAAUAAUAAAUUAAGUGUUUAAAUGCUAUUUGUAGUCUUGAUAUUCAAAAAUAAAAUAAUUAGGGUUUGUCCUUGGUUUUAUUUUUA